AUGUUCGUCUCGAAUUUUCUUUUCGUUUUCUCGGUCUGUUUCGUUGGAUCUCUGGCGGUUGGUUGGAUUCAUAUGACUCAGAAAUAGAUCAGUUUACAGUUUUGGCCAUUCACCGCCUCCGAGAAGGAUAGGCCCUGCCGAGUCGAGAAUCACACCAAAGUGGAUACGUCGACAACUACCGAGGUAUCCCUUUGAAUUGGCUGCGCAUCAACUCAAUGCCUCUUUCAGCAACCUCAACCAGUUCCAUCAGCAACUCCAACCAACAGCAGUUCUGCUCCGGCUCUCAAUCUAACACGUGCCGCGAGACCGGGAAAUCCAGCUGACUAA